AUGACUGGCACUGGAGCUCUGAGCUUAAAAGCGUGGUCGAAAAUCCACCCCCCGCUACCCCGUACCCCCCGGGAAUCUCAACAACUCCUCAAAGCCCUUACGUCUUCCUUCCGUCGUCAACUCGAUCGGGAAUACCCCCCCUCGGUCCCCUCAGAUCGAGAUGGAUCCAGUGAUCGUACAUCGGAGAACCCGCACUCGUCUGUGCACGCGACCGAUCGACAUCUCCGGGCCAUCCUGGAUAAUCCGCUUUUUCGGGUAGUGCCCUCUAAGUCAACUACGGCUCGUAAUGGAACAGCAAGCAGACUACAACAGAGAAUAGCGAAAGAACCAAUGGUGGUCUUCGAUGAAUUGGUCGCCUCAGGUUCGGUAACGCUGCCAACACUACGUGACUGUUUGAGUUCUCAGAUGCUACUGGCCAGCCGUCAUAUCGGAAGCGGCCUCAUACAGGCCAUGAAAGACGCUAGGGCUGGAUCUAAGGUUGUCAGUUGGUGGUUUGCAUCUGAUUCCACGACGAGACAGAUGUUAUUUAAAUCCCGAGCAGCGACCACAACUCUUGUAAAGUUCUUAGUGGCAGAAGGUCGACAGGGUGUGGUGUUGGACUGGCUGAGGAUGCUGGCGAACCAUGACAUUGGAGGCCGGAACGGUCAGCUGCCAGAGAAAAUUGCGCAACAGGUGUUUGGCCAUAUGCUGGUCAACUUAGUGACUGCCGAAAUCCAGUACGGCCAAGGGUUGAGCUUGGCUAUGCGGUAUUACCUACAGACAUGCAAGUCGCAGAUGUUCAAAGACAAUGCGGCCUUGAACCUUUCCUGGCAGCCUGUGUUACUUCCAGCAGGUGUUCACUUAUGUGAGAGCUUGAUGCAGAGCUUACCGUCCAGAUCCAAAGAGUUCGACGGAGCUAUGUACAAUGAGUAUAUUGAAAUUCUUUCCAGACUUGCACCAAACUCGUGUGUGCUAGCUACAGCUCCGUUGUAUCAUCCUACACACCCUGAUGCCAAACCAUUCCUCGAUUUUGUGGAUACACUACCUCCUAGCCGAGUGGACUCUUCAACAGGACUGAAACGAGAAAGCUUUAUGCGUGCCGGAUUUGACGCUCUUCGUCUAUUGGUGGACCAAGAUAAGCGACGGGAUGUGUUAUAUUUGGCACGGUUCUUGCAACAGCAGUUGCCUGAAAAAGUGGAUUCAGAAAAUGCAUCCAAAUCAGAUCACCGUGCUUACACAGAGAGAGAAGAUUUACUAUCACAGCUUGACUUGGCAUUGGCUUGA